UCCUGAGGAGCACGCGCUGCUGGACCUCUCUACACCACAGGGACUUUGUUUCCAAAGCUUUUUCCCACGAGAUGUUGAUUGUGCUCGUGCGACGACAGUAUAUCCUCGCCUCGCGGUCUCGCACAAGAUCCAACUAGAGAAAGAUUUUCUGCUUUUAUUUAUUUUUUCAUUUUCCCAUUGUGCACUGCCAAACUCCGGGGCCAAUAACCGCGCAGUGUGCACAGGUACGGACUGCCCUCCUGAGCAGCACCGGGAUUUUCUAUUCUUAUUUCAACUUGGAGACGAAAGUGAGCGAGCUGUUGGAUUUGGUUUGUUCAAUGACUUACGAGGUUGGAUCUGAAGUUAUAUUCGGAGAGCUGUAACAAUAAGGUAUUUUUUAUUUCUCUGUGUGCUGCUGGAGGUUGGUCAACCAUGCAGCUGGCCGGUCUGUGGACGGUCCUCGCCCUCCUGGCACUGUCCGACUCUGUUCUCGGGAACCUGCUGAUCAACGACCCGCUGGCCGCGCCCCGCGUCUUCAUCUCCUUCAAAGAGCUGAGAUCCACCGGUACCGCUCAUCACUUCGCCUUCAUCCUCAACACCACCGACUACCGGAUCCUGCGUAUGGAUGAGGACCAUGACCGCAUGUAUGUGGGCAGCAAGGACCACAUCCUCUCUCUGGACCUCCAUGACAUCAACAAGGAACCACAUAUCAUCCACUGGCCGGUGUCCGAACGAAGAAAGAUGGAGUGCCUUGUGAGCGGGAAGGACGCCAAUGACGAGUGUGCAAACUUCAUACGUCUGGUCGAGCCAUGGAACCGGACUAUGCUGUACGUCUGUGGGACGGGAGCUUACAAUCCAGUGUGUACCUUCGUCAACAGGGGACGCAAACCUCAGACCUCCAUGUAUCUGCAGAUGGCCCAGGCCAGAGGAAGGGCUAGCCGCGCAGCUGAACCCAGCGCGGUGCACGAGACACUUGGACUAAAGGAAGAAAUCUUUCAUUUGGAGCCGGGCAGAGUGGAAUCUGGGAAGGGAAAGUGCUCCUACGACCCGAAUCUCAACAGCGUGUCAGCUUUGAUCAAUGGUGAACUGUAUGCUGGGGUCUAUGUUGACUUUAUGGGAACAGACUCUGCCAUUUUCCGGACUCUGGGAACAAAGACUGCCAUGCGCACAGAUCAGUACAACUCCAGAUGGUUAAACGACCCCACGUUCAUCCACGUGAAGCUCAUCCCUGACAGCGCGGAGAGAAAUGACGACAAGCUGUAUUUCUUCUUCCGGGAGAAGUCCUCAGAGAUGGGCCAGACUCCUGUGACCCAAUCCCGUAUUGGACGCAUCUGCCUGAAUGAUGAUGGCGGCCAUUGCUGUCUGGUGAACAAGUGGAGCACCUUCCUGAAGGCCAGGCUCAUCUGCUCAGUGCCGGGGGCCGACGGCAUGGAGACGCACUUCGAUGAGCUCCGAGAUGUUUACAUACAGCCAACACAGGACACAAAAAAUCCUGUGAUAUAUGGCGUCUUCUCCGUCUCUGGCUCCGUCUUUAAAGGCUCAGCAGUUUGUGUUUACUCCAUGGCUGACAUCCGUAUGGUCUUCAACGGACCCUUCGCCCACAAGGAGGGUCCCAAUUACCAGUGGGUGGCCUACACCGGGAAGAUCCCCUACCCUCGACCCGGCACGUGCCCCGGAGGUACGUUCACCCCCAACAUGAAGUCCACUAAGGACUACCCAGAUGAAGUGAUUAACUUCAUGAGGAAUCACCCUGCCAUGUACAAUGCCGUGUACCCGAUACACAAGCGCCCCCUGGUGGUCCGGACCAACGUGGACUAUGAGUUCACCACCAUCACUGUGGACCAGGUGACUGCUGCUGAUGGCAACUAUGAGGUGCUCUUCUUAGGAACUGACAAGGGAACAGUUCAGAAAGUCAUCGUGCUGCCCAGAGACGACCUGCAGACUGAGGAGCUCGUCCUGGAGGAGGUCGAGGUUUUCAAGGUCCCUACUCCCAUUACAACAAUGAAGAUCUCAUCCAAAAGACAACAGCUAUAUGUGUCCUCUGAUAUCGGCCUGACGCAGUUGGCUCUUCACCGCUGCGAUGUGUACGGAGAGGCGUGUGCCGACUGCUGCCUGGCCAGAGACCCUUACUGCGCCUGGGACGGGAAGUCCUGCUCCCGCUACUCCGCCUCUCAGAAAAGGUCUGACCCCUUUAGACGUAGCCGAAGGCAGGAUGUCAAGUACGGGAACCCCAUCCGCCAGUGCCGAGGCUUCAACUCCAACACCAAUAAGAACACUCUGGAGAUGGUGCAGUACGGCGUGGAGGGAAGCAGCACCUUCCUGGAGUGUCAGGCCCGCUCUCCUCAUGCUCUGCUCAAAUGGCAUCUGCAGAGAGAUAACAGCGACCGCAGGAAAGAGAUUCGUUCUGAUGGUCGUGUUAUGAAGACAGAGCAGGGUCUGCUCCUACGGUCUCUGCAGCCCUCUGACUCCGGCAUGUACCAGUGUACGGCCACGGAGAAGAACUUCAAACACACGCUGGUCAAGCUGCAGCUAGUGGUGCUGUCGAGCCGGGCCGUCAACAACGUGCUGGUGGAGGGCGGAGGAGGACUGGUGCCGUCUUCCAUCAACUCAGGCAGCACCCAGUGGACCCCCAGCGCGGGUCAGUACAAGGACCUGCUGACCAUCCUGAGCCAGCCAGAGAUGAGCCUGAUCAAUCAGUACUGCCAGGACUACUGGCAAUACGGAGACCCGCUGAUGGGCGCCCUCAAGACCAAAGACCUGAAGGAGCUCAAGGAGCAGAAGAAGCCCCGCAACCGCCGGCAUCACGGGGAGGGGGAGGAGAAAGAGGAGCAGGAGGAGGUAGAGACAUGAGGAGCCUGGCUUUGCAUCUGAAAACACCCUCAGCCACCCUUAUCCCCCCCUUACCCUGUGAAAACUGGGAGAGACUCAUUGAGAGUAGCAAAAAAUAUUCCACCAACCGAGAAAAAAAAGCAAACUGAGAAAAAAAGAGGCUUCCGAAACAAAACCCCCACAUACACCUUCUCAAACAGUAAGAUAUAUGAUACACAGUAUUUAUUGUAGGUUGUAUAUAGUAUCAUUCUGUGGAUUUCUUUGUACUUAUAGAAAAAAAAACAUGCUCUUUGUGUAUAGGUACCUUUGGGGCAAAUAUUAUUGUUAUUAUUGAUGUUGUUAAUUUUAUUGUUGCUGUUACUGUCAUUACAAAACUCAUCUGUCAGCAUCAUGUGACCUCGGCGACUGUUGGGAAUGUGUUAUCAGCGUGUAAGCUGUUCGGAGCGAGCUGUGAGAAUGAGAUGAGUUGAUGAUAAGGGGUGAUGGGAUCUCUGUCGUUUCUUGCUUGCUUUGACUCGAUGCCAGGACUCUUUUCAUUUCUGGACGCUCACAGGACGCCUGCGAUGCAUCCUCCCUCGUGGAUGCAUGCCGACAGAGACUUAUUAUUGCAAGGGGACCAUCGACACAUGGUCCCAGUUAUAGAGGGGGAAACAAUCCUUUCUCCAUGGGAACCCGGACGCACAGAGGACUGUUCCAAUAUUCACGCUGGUGUAAUUGGGUCUUUUAAAAGGAAACUGGUACUUGCUACUCUUCUACUUCCCAAGGUUUGAGGAUCCUUGAUAUGGAUUCUGAUGUUUUAAUUCUCAGUGUUACUCUACUUUGAGUUAACUAAAGCUUUUUCUGACAGUGAACUCAAGCUUAACUAAAAGGGGGAUCGGAGAUUGAUGACUUCCGCCAAGGUCAUUUCGAUAAGUGAAAAUGACUGGAUGUAUCCGCAACCAUAAGUCAGAUCCACUUCAAAAUUCAAAACCUUCUGCCUUGGCCAAUGCUAUACGAUUCCACCAACUUUCAUGAAAAUCGGGCCCGUAGUUUUUCCGUAAUCCAGUUGACAAAAAGACAACCAAACCAACAAGCUGCUCAAAAAACUGAAACAAUUCGUAGACGCAAGCAUUAGAUCGGUUCUUGUUAUAUUAUGAAAUAGAGUGGUUGGGUUUCAUACAGAUCCAAACAUCCUCUGAGCUGAGGUUGAGGUGCAAUAAAGGGUCAAGGUUAUGCACAAAGGGCAUUAUUCUUUUACUUUCAGGGGACAUUGGCUGGGGCCAAAUGCAACAAGCACACUCGGGCAAGUUACUAAUGUAAAAUGUUUUUUUAAAUCCAUUUUAAGAUGAAAGCUGUGCCCAGAUCAGGCAGCGGCUGUUUUGUUUUGUUCUUUCUUCCUUUGACAUUCAUAUGUGAAAAAAAAAUAAUUGCCCGUAUACACAACAGAGCAUUGUAACAAUGUUGUGACACUAACCAAAAUGUUGGGAAGCUGGCUUUCAUUGUGUGCAUGAACCUGUAUUUGUACUGUAAUUCUGAUAAGAUUCUGUGUGGUCGUUCCUUUUUCUUCUGUUUUUCAUCUCUACAGGUGUACAGUAUAGUCUCUGAGGGACAUUCUCAGUAAAGUGACACGGGGACAACACAUGCUUUAAGAUGUCCUUAUUUCAAAUAUACCCCUGUAUGAAGCAUGAUGCAUCUUUUCACUGAUAUCAUUUAAAUCAGAGUAUUAAGGGAUUAUUUCACAUAUGUGUUUGGAAAAAGCACAUAGGGGAACAUAUCAUACUUUGGCGUAUUAGCUGUGUAGAUGAAGCAGUUUUUGAUGAGGGGGCUUGUGAAAACAACCCCUUAUGUUAUAAUAUGGCACUCAAUUAUAACUCCACAAAAUGCAGUGUGUUAGGUAACGAUCUGCUGCAUUCUGCGAACACAAAACGUUUUUAUGCUUGGGAGCAUAACAUUUAUUUAAAAAUGUUCAUCUUUUUGUCAAUCAAGACAUCCAUUUUGGUUGGUUAUGACAUGAUGUAUUAUAAUAUUUUUGGGGAAAUAAUAACAUAAUGCUGUGUUACCACUUAAGGUGCCGUUACAUGGCUGUUAUAAUGAUAGUUCUAUUGAAUGCAGGUGUUAUGCUCUAUUCAAAAUAUAAGUACAGCAGUCCUUCAGCAAGUCAAAUGAAUGACUUUUUCAUGUAUAAGAAUAUAUGGAGGGAAGAAAACAUCUGGAACGCCUGGUUAUUUUUGAAUAUUGAAGCUUCAAAACAUGUUGCCUAGCAUUCAGACUGUAUUGAAUACCUUUGGAAAGAUGCAUCCAUAAGUCAUACAGAAGUAUCUGUAUCUGCUAUUUAAUCUGGGAAGUCUGCAUUCCCAGAGUCAAUCACAGCUCCUGAUUGUCUCCUCCAAAUGAGACCAGGGGUUAUGCAGCAACAAAAAAAAAAAAGAAAUGCAAGGAGAGGUUGUACAAAUUGUUGGUAUUUUUAAGAAAACGUGUCUGUAGUUUUUGAGUGUUUUUUUUUUUUUUUUGUAUUUUUGCAUCAUCAGACUUUACGGAGAAAAAAGAGAAAAAAAACUAAAUGCACAAAAGGUGAUGUUCUUGUAAUGACUUGUGUAAAUUACUCUAUCUUCCCUUUCCAUUGUUGUUGCUGACUAAUAAAUUAAAGCUCUAUAUUUUAUAAGAAUGGAAUGCUCCCCCGCCUUCAUUGUGAUUGGCUUGAUACUGGAUGUUUUCCAUGUUUCUGCCCAGAACCCUCUGGAUCCUUGGAAUAAAGUUGUACCUGUUAAA